CGAGGCCGAGGAGAGUUUCUGACCGUGACUGGCAACUCCGUGGUGCCGGGAACCCCGGGGGCUGCCUGCAGCGCGCUCCGACGCCCCUCUCGCUGCCGCACACAGGCGCUCUCCCUCGCCCUCGCCCCCCCCGACUCCGCACGCCGUCUCCACCUCACUCACACACACACGCGCGCACUCUUCCUCUCAUUCUCCCUUCAUCCGUAGGUGCACCGAUAGCCAUUGAAUGAGGACGAAAAGUUAAGAGAUUAAACCAAUAUGAACCACCUUUGCUCGUAGCAGUGCCGUAUCCAGUGCAGAGCAUUAUCCAGCGAGCAUCCCCUCAGGAAUGGAGUCGGUAAAACAAAGGAUUUUGACUCCCGGCAAGGAAGGAUUGAAGAAUUUUGCUGGAAAAUCGCUUGGCCAGCUCUACAGAGUCCUAGAGAAGAGGCAGAAGCCAGGGGACACAAUCGAGCUGACAGAAGAUGGAAAGCCUAUGGAAGUGCCCGAAAAGAAAGCCCCGUUGUGCGACUGUACCUGUUUCGGGCUGCCCCGGAGGUACAUCAUUGCCAUCAUGAGUGGAUUGGGAUUCUGCAUUUCCUUCGGGAUCCGAUGUAAUUUGGGGGUGGCCAUCGUGGAUAUGGUCAAUAACAGCACCAUACACCGAGGAGGAAAAGUUAUUAAAGAGAAAGCGAAGUUUAAUUGGGAUCCCGAAACAGUUGGCAUGAUCCACGGCUCUUUUUUCUGGGGAUACAUAAUCACCCAGAUCCCCGGAGGGUAUAUCUCAUCCCGGCUGGCAGCGAACAGAGUAUUUGGAGCUGCUAUACUGCUGACAUCUUCCCUCAACAUGCUAAUACCAUCUGCAGCCAGGGUGCACUAUGGAUGUGUCAUCUUCGUUAGGAUCUUGCAGGGCCUUGUAGAGGGGGUCACCUACCCUGCCUGCCACGGUAUUUGGAGCAAGUGGGCCCCCCCAUUAGAAAGAAGUAGGUUAGCAACCACUUCCUUUUGUGGUUCCUAUGCAGGAGCUGUCAUUGCAAUGCCUUUAGCUGGGAUUCUAGUGCAAUAUACUGGGUGGUCUUCUGUGUUCUAUGUGUAUGGGAGCUUUGGUAUAGUCUGGUACAUGUUUUGGCUUUUGGUUUCAUAUGAGAGUCCUGCAAAGCAUCCUACAAUCACAGACGAAGAAAGGAGAUACAUAGAAGAAAGCAUUGGAGAGAGUGCCAACCUCUUAGGUGCAAUGGAAAAAUACAAAACACCAUGGAGAAAAUUUUUUACAUCUAUGCCAGUCUAUGCAAUAAUAGUUGCAAACUUCUGUAGAAGCUGGACUUUUUACCUGCUGCUAAUUAGUCAGCCUGCUUACUUUGAGGAAGUGUUUGGAUUUGAAAUAAGCAAGGUUGGUAUCUUAUCUGCUGUACCACAUUUAGUGAUGACAAUUAUUGUUCCUAUUGGGGGACAAAUUGCUGACUUUUUAAGAAGCAGGCAGAUUGUUUCAACGACUAAUGUGAGAAAGAUAAUGAACUGUGGAGGUUUUGGUAUGGAAGCAACUCUUCUUCUUGUGGUGGGAUAUUCACACAGCAAAGGAGUGGCUAUUUCAUUCUUAGUGCUUGCUGUGGGCUUUAGUGGAUUUGCCAUAUCUGGAUUCAAUGUCAACCAUUUAGACAUUGCCCCAAGGUAUGCUAGCAUUUUAAUGGGGAUUUCUAAUGGAGUCGGGACCUUGUCUGGAAUGGUUUGCCCUAUAAUUGUUGGAGCAAUGACAAAGAACAAGACACGUGAAGAAUGGCAGUAUGUCUUCCUUAUUGCUGCCUUAGUACACUAUGGAGGUGUGAUCUUUUAUGGCAUAUUUGCUUCAGGAGAGAAACAACCCUGGGCAGACCCUGAACAGACAAGUGAAGAGAAAUGUGGCUUUAUUCAUGAAGAUGAACUUGCUGAAGAGACAGGGGACAUUACUCAGAAUUAUGUAAAUUAUGGUACCACCAAGUCUUAUGGUGCUACAACCCAGGUCAAUGGUGGCUGGCCUAAUGGCUGGGAGAAAAAAGAGGAAUUUGUACAAGAGGAAGUACAAGACUCAUACAACUACAAGGAAAGAGAUUAUUCAUAACAAACCUAAAUAUUUGGUAAAUUUUGUAGUGUUUGUGAUUAAAUUCAUUGUGAUUGUUUGCACACAGAAAUAAAAUGUGGUAUAAACUUGUAAACACAUAUCAAACAGGAAGGUCUUACUGUAAAAAAAUACAUCAAAGUGCAAUCUGUAUGAGUUGUGAUGUUAUCACUUUCAUUAGGCUAUAUUUGUUCUAUAAACAUUAGAUUUUUAAGGGUUUACUGGUCAAAACUAUAGAGGCAAGUAGAUACUUUACAGUAUACAAGAGCUAAAACUCAUAAUUAAAGAUUAAAGCACAAUUAAGCAACCAAGCUGGCACAUCUAAUGCUCUUUUUCGAAAGCCAAAAUUACUUGAUCAUUAAAAAUGCACUUAUAUAUUUGUUACACUGUAUUGAAAGAGAUUGUGUUAAGGACACACAUUUACUCAGUGCGAAGUAGGAGUUGUG